UAAAAAGUAGCAGUGCCGCUAAACAAAAGACUCAAGUUGCGAACCCGGUAAAGGAAAAUUGCGAAUAAACGUUGAUAUUUGAAAAAGAAUUCAUUUGAGCAAAUAUUAUAUAUACUUUCGGUGUAAUUUAUCAGCUGUGGCAGCGUUAAAAAAUAAAUAUUUUUAAAGACAUUUGUAGCGUGUGACUAGUGAAUAAUAUACUUUGCCAAGUGUGGUGCAGAACUGACAACAAGCUUUUUAGCUUUAGACUUCAAAGGAUACUACGCAAGGAUAUUACAUUUUGUAACCACAAAAGUAUUGAAAAUUUUACUGUGUUUUCUCAGUGUUUCAACCAGUUUUGAUACAUACAAAAUAAUUUCAUUUUCAAACAAUCGGAAAAAAUGAUGUCGCUGAAAUCGUUGCUGCUUAUUAGCUCUACAAUCGCCGUGAUCGCCUGUGUUUGCGCGCAACUCGCUCCCGGCUCAAACAUGUACCUGCCACCCAAGCCAAAUGGCUACAACUACCCAGAGCCCAAGAAUCCACUGCGUCCUGGAACCCCAUCCGGUCCCGGACCACGCCCACCAGGCCCACAACGCCCAUCGCAACCUGGACCCGGCGAGCCUGGUCACGUUCACGUCCCCGGCAUGCCAUUCGACUUCGAGUACGCCGUCAAUGAUGUUGAGACCGCCAACGAUUAUGCCCACAAAGCUUCGAGCAAUGGUGAUGUGGUGACCGGUGAAUAUCGCGUUGCACUGCCCGAUGGUCGCACACAGAUCGUACGCUAUACGGCCGACUGGAAGACUGGCUACCAUGCGGAUGUCAGCUACGAGGGUGAGCCACAAUUUCCACAGGGUCCCGGCGGCCGGCCCGGCUACAAAUACUAAGGGAGUACACGCUGAAUGAUGUUGGAGCGCCGGAAGCACACUCUUGCACGCACGCACACAAACAUACACUCACUCACUUGCUCACACACACACUUAACUGCAAUUAAGGCUACAGCAACUGCCACAACAACAAUAAACUACCACUGCCCCACAUGAAGAUGAGACAACGAUAAGGCGAUGCAUUUUUUUUGGAAAAAAGAAAUUCCUGAGAUGUAAAUUUUUGUUUAGUUUAAAUCCAUCGAAUUUUUAUUAUUAGUUUAAUUUUUAAUAAGUUUUUAGUAUUGAAAUUUUUUUAUAUGUUUUUAACUAAUAUAC